CAGACACGGACGUAAAUACAGGCGUACCGCAAUGGAUGCUGUUCUUCCCUAACUAUGAAGGGAACAUGAGGUGUCCUCUAAAACGAUACUGCCGCUGUGGAUUUAUAAGUGAACAUCAUAACAGGCGAAAUUUACAGAGGAACACUGUGGACACUAAAGAAGAUUUUGAAAAGGUGGUGUGAUCAGGGAUGGUGGGGUAUGAUCCAAACUCCCCUCUUGCGUCUCUCACCUCAGAGGAAGCGGCUCUGGCCGGGUCAGCGGCGGGUAUGGUCACCCGAGCCCUCAUUAGCCCUUUGGAUGUCGUCAAAAUCAGAUUUCAGUUGCAGAUCGAGCAGGUGUCCUCUCGCAAUCCUCAGGGGAAGUACUGGGGUGUAUGGCAGGCCACCCGCUGUAUUCUCACAGAAGAGGGACUUCCUGCUUUCUGGAAAGGUCACAUUCCUGCCCAACUGCUGUCUGUGUGCUUCGGGGCAGUUCAAUUUGCGAGUUUUGAGGGCCUGACUGAGCUGGUCCAUAAGAAGACGUCCUAUAACAGCCAGACAGCGGGAGUUCAUUUUGUCUGCGGUGGUCUGGCUGCGUGUUCCGCCACAGUGGCCUGCCAGCCGCUCGACACCCUCCGCACGCGCUUCGCAGCUCAGGGCGAACCCAAGAUGUAUCGUAACCUCAGACACGCCGUGGUCACAAUGUAUCGCACAGAGGGUCCCCUCGCCUUCUACCGGGGUCUCGCACCCACUCUAGUGGCAGUGUAUCCAUACGCAGGCAUGCAGUUCUUCUUUUAUAACGUCUUAAAGAAGCGGCUAAAGCCACAGGACAGCAAAUCUAAUGGGAGUUUACACAGUCUCAUCAGUGGUAGUUUUGCUGGAGUUAUCAGUAAAACUCUCACGUAUCCGUUCGACCUGUUUAAGAAGAGACUUCAGGUGGGCGGGUUUGAAAAGGCCAGGAUGCAGUUUGGACAGGUACGGACGUACCACGGAUUUGUAGACUGUAUGGUGACGAUAGCCAGAGACGAAGGGCCACGGGGAUUCUUUAAAGGCCUCUCGCCCAGUCUUCUGAAGGCCGCUCUGUCCACAGGCUUCACUUUCUUCUGGUACGAGUUCUUCGUCAAUGCCAUAAGCAGCCUCAAGGGGAGCCAGUGAGCAGCGAGAGGAGGAUUUGAACGUCAGAGAUUUAUGAUAGGAUGAGUCAUUUAUACAGAGAGUUGAUGUGGGAGCAGGGCGGCUCUCAGAAGGCUUUUUAUCACACCAGGAGGAUUUUAUUUUUACCUCUGACUCGCUCUAAAGAAGCCUCGAUUGAAACAAGUGCAUGAAAUGUUCUCUGUUCACAGUAAGAGUGAGCUCUACCUCGGGAGAAUUUAACAUUUGAACUGGUUUUAUGGGAAAGGAUGAAAAUGGUGGCAUGUUACUUGAUUUGUCAAUAUUUAUGUUAUGGUUAUUUAUUUCUUCUCAAGCUCAUUUGAGGUUUGGUGGAUGUAUUGAAGAGUUGAUUUGCAAAAACAGAUAACCGAUACUCUUACAUUAUUUUUUAUUUUACUAUUAUUUUAGUUUUUUUUUUGUUAUUCCUACAUAAUAAAACAACCUAACUGCAGUUUGAUUGAUAUUCAUUGAAACGCACAAUAAAAAAACAUGGUUUCUGAAAAUGUUACAUUUUUUGCUAUUGAACUCUUCACAUUACACCCUGACCCGUGUCCUCAUGUUUAAAUGUAUCAUGCAUUUUAAUCUUGUGACAUUUUAAACAUUUCAGGAGGAAAUAUUGUAUGACAUAGGACAAUAAGCAGCUAUUUUUCUAAUAAAGGUAUUUUAUUGUGACAUUUGUUGUGC